AUGGACCCCCGAAUAGCAAGACCGUCGACAGCACAUGGAAACUCCUCCAAUCCUUUCCCCUCUCCGUCGCCAAGUCUCAGUGUCGCCCAUGUGCCUAAGGCUGUACCAAACAUCCCGGUAGACAUCUCGGCUGUCUCCGAUGGUGUCAACGGCUACAAUACGGCCCUGGUCACCGAGCUGUUGAGACACAAGCGCAAAGCCCGCGACGUCAAGUCCUGUUUCCCCUGCCGACACCGCAAGGUCCGGUGCGAUGGCGGUCUUCCAUGUUCCAACUGUGUGAAGAGGGAUCACGUCUCGCUGUGUCGAAGGGUCACUACCACUCCCGGAGCUUCGUCAGUGACCAAGUCGGCGGUUACCAAAGGGAUAUCGGUUCAGUCUGGUCCGUCAGUUGCGGCUAGUUCGCCAAGAUCGGUCGUUGGCGAUCCUUAUGGCGGAGGUAGCAAUGGGUUUGGUGCCUUUGACCCCACGACAUCUGGGCAACAACAGCAGCAGCAACACAAUGGCUAUGUUGACCGUAGCUCUCCAAGCACUGUCGCAAACCAUGAUGUCGGGGUAAACGGAUGCUCAGGAUAUCCUCCUCCGCCGCAGCCGCAAAGGCGAGGACCACACGAAAUAGCCUCACCAAAUCCUCAAUUUAGAGAGACCUACCUCCCACCAUUAGCACAGGGCCAACAAUCGCAACCACAGGAUGACGAUGACAGCGUUCUCGAACGUCUCGAAAACAUUGAAAAGCAAAUACAGUCUCUCAAAUCCGAUUUGGUCCAACGCCGGUCCAACCGAGCAUACCAGAAUGCCGGCAACCACCAACCACAACACCCCCAAGAUGCGCCGACACCGUCGCAGUAUUCUGUGUCCGAGCAUCACCGAGACAAUCAGGACUUGCUCCCCCGGCUAGACUCGUUAGUAGCCACCUCCAAUUUCCUCCAAAGCACCUCAACCACCACCACAACUACCACGACUUACGGAAACAGAAACAGCAACAACAACCAGAACCAUUCUCGAAAACCCUCCUCCACACAAGCCCAUUACGGCGGCACACCCCCUGCCAUCUCCCAACUCGAAUCGACCCCCCUCUCCCGCGGGAAACAAUUCGUCGAAGAAGCCACAGGCGCCACCAUCUUUCUCGGCAAGCGCGCCGACCCUCCUCUUUCCCUCGGCUGCUUCCAAGAUCCCGCCCCGCUCUUUUCCUUGGGUGGAGAUCUCGGACUCAAUGGACCAGGCUCAGGAGGAGGCAGACACCACGAAGUCCAGCUCACACCACGGACCUACCCGUUCACAAACCUGUGGACACCCGAGGCGAAACUGGGUGAUGUGUGUCGGACACUACCCUGUCAGAGCGAUAUCAUUCGGUACUGGCAGGCUUUCGAGACGUUUGUCUAUCCCUUCUAUCCACUGCUGGUAGCUCUCGAUGAUUUCAGGGCGAGUAUCUAUGCGUUCCUGUCGAGACAGCCGAUGAUGAGUAGGGCGCAGCAGCAGGAGGCAGAGGGUGGGAAUGGAAAUGGGAAUGGAAUAGGAGGAGGUUCGACGACGAGUUGGAUCGAGGAGAACACGGAUCCAAGUUGGCUGGCGUUGUUGUUUAGUGUACUGGCGUGCGGGACGCAGUUUAGUUCAGAUACGGCGCAGGAGAGGUAUUUGAGGAGCAAGGUCUUUGUCUGCUCUGCUUUCCAAUGUCUUCGAACAGCCAACCUCUUCUUCAAGACGGACUUGAACCAGAUCCAAGCCAUGGCACUCGUGGGCCACUGUCUGAGGAAUAAUUUGGAGACGAACAGCGCUUGGAUUCUGCUCGGCGCAACAAUUCGGUUGGCACAAAGUAUCGGGUUGCACGAGGCUUCGAUGCCGGGAUCUCAGGGUGCGUGGGCUAGCGAGGUUCAUCGUAGCCAGGCGGCUCAUCUUUGGCGCAUGAUCAUUUGGCAAGAUACGUUCCUCUCCUUCACGUACGAUCGCCCGCCCGUCGCGACAUCCACCAUUCUUCACAACGACAUGUUCGGCGCCCACCGCAACCUCUCCAACAAACACGGCCAACACCCCGAUUCCACAAAGUAUACCUUUACAGAAGCCGUCUUCCGUGUUUGCCUGGUGAUCCUCGACUGGACCCGCGAAGGCACUGCGACUUCCCAGUCACCCGCCGUCUUGUUCGGCACCGACAAGGACCGUCGCUAUUCGCAGAUCCGCUCGCUGCUAUCUUUCAAGCAACAGUUCAACCUAGUCCUGGAAGACUCGGUCCAAUACCUGAGGGAUGAUUCGCAGUGCGACACUCUCCAAAAGCACGCGGAACGCUUGGGUCUCCAGAUCCAUGUGGCCAGCGCCCUGUGUAGAAUGUACCGGCUAUGCGUUGAUACCCUCCGGGAGGAUCGCCAACAAGGAUAUGAUGCCGUGGGUAUCCAGGGACAAGAGGAAGAGCAACUGACGAGCGAGUACGCUAUGCACGCCACUGAAGCAGUUCGCGGCUUCCUGGAUAUGUACCAGUUGAGUCGGACCGUGUGUCGGUCGUGGCCUUUUGUGCAUAAUGCUGUUAGUUCAGCGGUGAUGUUGAGGGAGUUUUUGGUUGGUGGUGGUGGUAGUCAAGGGGGUUCAUUGACUCCUUCUUCCAAUCACCAGCAACAACAACCGCAACAAGGGAUGCAAGCGUUAAGAGAAGAGUGGACAAGGAGAAGCGAGCCAUUGAUCAUCAAGCUGAUUGGGGUUCUGGAAAAGGAGGAGAGGGAGAGUGAGUGGUUGGAUGCUGAUACGAAUGUGAGGCAUUCGGGGCCACAUUCGAGGGCGUUGAGGGCUUUGAAGGAGAGUUACGGACGGUGA